UACGCCAUGAUGUCCAUUGCGCAUGCUCAAUGCGCAGUGGAAGCCAUGUUGGAGCUACAUUGGAUUCGGGCUAGGAUUUUCUGACGCCGUAUGUUUUUCUUAAAAUAUCUGUUUUCACAUAUUGUUGGGGUUCGUCAACCGUGCGCGACCGGCGCCGUAACAGGCCGUGGAUAUGAUGAACUCCAGUGUCGACCUGUCCCGGCGGAAUCCGCAGGAGGAUUUCGAGCUGAUCCAGAGGAUAGGAAGCGGCACAUACGGAGAUGUGUACAAGGCUCGUAAUGUAAACACAGGAGAGCUGGCUGCUAUCAAAGUCAUCAAACUGGAACCGGGUGAAGACUUUGCUGUCGUCCAGCAGGAGAUUAUAAUGAUGAAGGACUGUAAACACUCCAAUAUCGUAGCCUAUUUUGGCAGUUAUCUCCGGAGAGAUAAGUUAUGGAUCAGUAUGGAGUACUGUGGAGGAGGUUCUCUGCAGGAUAUCUAUCACGUAACCGGUCCUUUGUCAGAGUCACAGAUAGCCUACAUGUCACGGGAGACCCUGCAGGGUUUAUACUACCUACACAAUAAAGGCAAAAUGCACAGAGACAUCAAGGGAGCCAACAUCCUUCUGACAGACAACGGCUACGUUAAACUAGCUGACUUUGGAGUCUCAGCCCAGAUCACAGCAACUCUGGCCAAGAGGAAGUCGUUCAUUGGAACUCCGUACUGGAUGGCUCCUGAGGUAGCAGCAGUAGAGCGAAAAGGAGGUUACAACCAGCUGUGUGAUAUCUGGGCUGUAGGCAUCACUGCAAUAGAGCUGGCAGAACUGCAGCCACCCAUGUUUGACCUGCACCCCAUGAGGGCUCUCUUCUUAAUGACCAAGAGUAACUUCCAGCCUCCCAAAUUGAAAGAUAAACUCAAGUGGACAAACAACUUCCACCAUUUUGUCAAACUUGCUCUGACAAAGAACCCAAAGAAGAGGCCUACAGCUGAGAAACUGCUGCAGCACCCGUUUGUGUCGCAGCCUCUCAGCAGGACGCUGGCGAUCGAGCUGCUGGACAAAGCCAACAACCCUGACCACAGCACCUACAAUGACUUUGAUGAUGAUGACCCUGAGCCAGAGUCUCCGGUCUCUGUUCCUCAUCGUAUUCGCUCCACCAGCAGGAGCGCCAGGGAGGGAAAGACGCUGUCAGAGAUCAACUUUGGUCAAGUGAAGUUUGAUCCUCCGUUGAGAAAAGAGACAGAACCUCAUCAUGAGCCGUGUGAAUCUGAGCCCUAUCUGGACUGUGUUGAGGAGCUCUACUAUACCGCGAGAUCUAAUCUGGACCUGCAGUUGGAGUACGGGCACGAUUCACCAAGUCUACUGGGAGGAAACAAGAGUCUUCUCAAAUCUGUGGAGGAGGAGUUACAGCAGAGGGGCCAUGUGGCACACUUAGGGGAUGAUGAGGAUGAGGAUGAUGAUGGUGCAGAUGAUGAUGAAACUCACACUCAUAAAUCGAGCACUAUCAUGAGGCCAAAGGUCCCGCCUCCCCUUCCUCCUAAGCCCAAGUCCAUCUGCUCAUCCACACCGCCACAGCAGCAACAACAGAAACAUGACGAUAGCCAGUCACACAGCGAGGACGACGGCGGAGGUGGAGGCACCAUCAAACGCUGUCCGGUCCCAGAGACGGCGAGCCCUGCCAAGCCCUCCAACGUCCCUCCGCGACCCCCGCCGCCGAAGCUGCCGCCCCACCGCCGCAGUAGCCUAGGUAACGAGAGCCCCAAACGCACGGACGUGGAACACUCUGCCCCAGAGGAUGAUGGGAGCUUUAGGCAUUUCUGGGAGUGGCUCCACACACCUCACACAGAGGAGGAGCUGGAGGAGGCGUGGGAGGUGCUGAAGGAGGUGAAAGAGGAGCAGGAAAAAGAGGAGGAAAAGGAAGAGAGUAAUGGGCUGAACUCUCCACACAGUGGAGACAGGGACGGUCCAGCAGACAGACAGUCCACUAUGCCCCCUAGUGUCCCCAUACGGAAAGACAAGAAGGACGUUCCAAAGCCGAUCAGUAACGGCCUCCCCCCUACACCCAAAGUCCAUAUGGGUGCUUGUUUCUCCAAGGUGUUCAACGGCUGUCCUUUAAAGAUCCACUGUGCCACUUCCUGGAUCAAUCCUGACACCAGAGAUCAGUAUUUGAUAUUCGGUGCUGAAGAGGGAAUCUACACGUUAAACCUCAAUGAGCUGCAUGAGACCUCGAUGGAACAGCUCUUUCCUCGGCGGUGUACCUGGCUGUAUGUCAUGAACAAUUGUCUUCUUUCCAUAUCUGGAAAAGCCUCUCAGCUGUACUCCCAUAGUCUGAGUGGUCUGUUCGAACAGGCCAGACAGUUACAGAAGCUACCAGUAGCCAUUCCCACACACAAGCUGCCUGAUAAGAUAAUUCCCAGGAAGUUUGCCGUGUCCAAUAAAAUUCCAGACACUAAAGGGUGCCAAAAGUGCUGCGUAGUCCGUAACCCGUACACAGGCCAUAAGUACCUGUGCGGAGCCUUCCAGUCUAGUGUCAUGCUGCUGGAGUGGGUGGAGUCCAUGCAGAAGUUCAUGCUCAUCAAGAACAUCGACUUCCCGUUGCCGUGUCCGUUGGAGGUCUUUGAGAUGCUGGUGGUCCCGGAGCAGACCUACCCUCUGAUCUGUGUGGCGGUCAGUAAAGGCACCGAACUCAACCAGGUGGUCCGGUUUGGCACCGUCAACCCCAACUCUACCUCCUCCUGGUUCACAGAAGCGGACACACCGCAGACGUGUGUGAUCCACGUCACUCAGCUAGAGAGAGACACUAUCCUGGUCUGCCUCGACAGGUGUAUAAAGAUAGUGAACCUCCAGGGAAGGUUGAAAUCCAGCAGGAAGUUGUCAGCCGAGCUCACCUUCAACUUCCAGAUCGAAGCCACAGUUUGUCUCCAAGACAGCGUACUGGCCUUCUGGAGGCACGGCAUGCAGGGACGGAGUUUUAAGACCAAUGAGAUCACCCAGGAGAUCUCUGACAGCACACGCAUCUUCAGACUACUGGGAUCAGACAGACCUGCUGACGGUAGAGAUCCAGAGGCCGAGAACAGAGGCCUCACCCAGCGCAGGGUGGUGGUGCUGGAGAGCCGGCCUACAGACAACCCUACAGCCCACAGCAACCUCUACAUCCUGGCAGGCCAUGAAAACAGCUACUGAGACACACGCACACAAGCAUACAUGCACAUAAACACACCUCCUCUUAAAAAAACAAAAAAACAAAACAGCCUACCACUAAUGCAAAAAGAGGGAGCGAGCGACCGGGAGAAACUCUCAGCCCCCCACCCCACCGCUAACCCCCACCAUAACCUCCCGUCGGCCGUGUAAAUGGGAGAUGAGCCGUAUUCGUGGGUGCAGAUGUGGAUUCCCAGUUGCAGACAUUUAAAAUGCACCGCAGUGUUAGUGUUAGUUAAGCGUGUUGUAGUAAGGCAGCCGGGGGUUGUGGACCCGGUUGUGCUGGUCAUGAGGCCAGCUCGGGUUGAGAUAGUCGAGGAAUGGUCUUCAAGAGCAACCCAGAAAUCCUUCCUGAUACCAUCCGACCUCCCCGCCCCUGCACAUACCGCACACUGGGAAACAUCCAGCACAGAAGUCUGACUUCAACACUACUUCUACUACUAGUUCUACACAUACAACUACUACUACUACUACUGCGACUGCUUCUUGCGCUAAAGCUUCACAGAAGAGCCAUCUUGCACAGAAAACCUUUCUCUCCUUCAUCGUCCUUUCCUCUUUCCUUUCCUCCUCCUCCUCCUCCUCCUCCUCCUCCUCCUCCCCCCACACUUUUUAUUUUUUAAUGACACCUUUAUUUAUUGUGGCAUGAUGUAACUUUAACAACCAGGAUGGCUUUCCUGUUUUAUCCGUUUUUUUAUAAAAAAGGAGAAAAAAAAGAGAGAAAACAAACUAAAAAGCUUCGCCACCUCUGCUAGCAUUGAACUCCGAUACCCGUCACCACACCACACAAGUGCUUAAUUGACCUCUAUUUAAUUGUUGUAAAUAUAAAUGUAGUAUUUUUUUGACAGAGACGAACACUAAAAAGACUGGUCGUGUAGAUAGGCGUGUGUAUAGUUGCUCUGUACAACUGUGGAGACGAACAGAGAGACAGACGGGCGUGGAGGAGCGACGGGACGGUAAAUCGACUUCCUGGUUACCUGAUCAUGUGACGAGCGUCAGGAAGCAACGAGCCCUGCAGUCUCCUCAGGUGGACAGCUUUAGUAAUGGGAUAUUACUCUAAUAACACUCAUGAUUGGACUGAGCAAACACAGGAGACAGCACUGAUUGGUAGUUUUUCAUUUUGCAUGUGCCACCGUCGGAACUUCCUGCUCGUUUUUUUUUUUUUUGCACCACAGCAACAGUCGUCAGGACAACGGACGUUACAAGUUCUGUUUGUUUUAGUUUGUUUCUCCUGUUUUCACGUCAUCUUUUUCAUUUUUUGAUGCUGUUUUUAAUCAGAAAGCUUUUUUUUUUAUUGUUUUGAUUUUUUCUUUUUUUUUAUUGAACCACUGGUGUUUAAAAUUUGCACAGAGAAAAAGGUAUUUGACAAACAAAUGUGAUGUCAUAUUAUAUGACCUUGUGUGUAUGCACAGUGUGUAUGUGUGUGUGCGUAGACAUAGAUUAUGCACAUGCAAGUGCAUCAUGUACAGAUCUGGUCUUUAACAGGUGACAGUUUGUUUUUUUUCUGCUUGCGGUCACUUGAAGAGCUCCAACAGAUGUUUUAAAAAUGAGAUAGAAGCUGGAUUUACACAGAAGGAAACCAUUUAUACACACGCAGUUCUGGCAUGAUAUUUAAUGUCUGUUAAAGUAAGUACAUAAAUCUGUUAAAAUGGUUUGAAAUUAAUGAAUGAUCUGGAGCAAUUUGAGUAACUCGUGGCAGAAAACCUCACCCAUGUGGUGCUUCAAAGAGGAUCCGAACAAACACUAAGAAUCAUUUGAUGCAAGGACACAAUCACAUUUAGUCUGGAUGAAAAGUAUUUACUGUUAACGUCCCAACUCCCAUUCUUAGCUAGCUUCUGUUCCACUAGCUUCCAAAACAAAAAGGACAUUCUCAUAGAGGUUUUUAUAAGAAGCUGAAACAGGAUUGUUGGGUUGAUAAGUGUGCACUAUUGUGCUGGAUGCAAUGAACACAAUGUAAAUUUUAAAAAAAAGUUGUUUUGUUUGCAUUGAACACUUGUUAAAGGGGCAGUAUGUAAGAAAUUUAAGUUUUAAAAAACAUAAAAAAAUAACAAAUUAUCAAUAGAAUGAAAAGUAAUAACAGUGAAGUGUAGAUUCUGGAGGUCGAGAGCUCCUUUGCUUGAACACCAGCACUCGUCUUGUGCUCGAGGCCUCCAGUCUGAGCAGAGUCAGCUCAGGACCGCUAGCUGCACAGCUAACUGAGCUUACUAGCUAAUGGCAUCUACAGACACUCUGAUGAGGUGCUGCACCCUGUUUGUUGGGAGUAUGACUUUCACAGCUAGACAACUUUUACAUAUUGUACCUUUAAGUCGAUGCUAACAAAAUAACUUUUUUGAGAUCUGUUUUAAUGCUGAAUGUGCUUCAUUGUCUAGUAUAAUAAUAGACACCCCUUAAUCUUAGAUUAUAAACUUUAUUGUGUGUUUCAGCUACAAAAGGGACAAUUAAUGAAUCACUAGUAUCUCUAGUUGAAGAGAAGCUAAGUGUGAAGAUGUGCGGUGGGAACAUUUCUGUGUAAGUCCACAUAUUUUAUUAAUUUUAGUCAAGUUUUACCUUCAAACCUUCAUUGCUGUGACUUUUCUUAAAGGCCAACAUCUGUACACGAGAUCACACUACAUGCAUGUAGAUGUGCACCGUGUGGUGUGUAGCAGCGUCUACAUGUGGCAGUACACUACCAGUCUUUACAAGCUGUGACACUAGAGGUUGCUUCAGAGGACAUGGGCACUCGCUUCGCUGAGCUUAAACGCAGAUACAGUCACUGCACUCAGAAAUCUCGCAGAGCUAAACGUUUAGCUUCAUUUUUCAAGACGACCACUUUCCAGAAGUCGGGAAGAAUUAUUCACAGAUGGGAACGUUUCAGCUCUGCAUGUCGCUGUGAAGAUGGUUGUUAAAGGGAGAUGUCGCCAUCUUGAUGAUUCAAGAAAAGAAUGUAACAUUUCUGUUCCUCCUUGACUUCUUAUUCUUAUCACCCCGGUUUGUACGUGGAAAUGUCCUUCCAUAUGAUAUGUCGUAAUUGCAACCUUUUUUAUUUUUUUUUUUGUCACUUUACCAACAUGGUAGCAUGUCCCCCACACGCCAUGUCACUAUUUGUGGAUAAACAGAUCCUCUCACUUGAUUCCAGCUCCUGAUGCUUUUAUUGCACUGUUGCUGUGAUGUAGCUUAAAACAGUAAAGUGUAGAGUAGCUUGAAUCCACUGUGAGGAUAGAAAAAACCUAAUUUUUAACGCUCGUGCACACUUUUCUUGUAUAAAAUGCCCACAAAGACACUAAGACACUACAAUUAAUUGCCAUGUAGUAAUGACCACCUUCAUUUGGUGCUCUCAUAGGACUCUAAUAGUCGUCAUUUAACUACAAAUCAUCCGUAGGAGAGAUAUACGUCAAAUCAUUUGAACUCUACUGGUGACAGCUUUAGUUGAGCCACUUGCGGGGCAAGGAAACUGUCAAAAUCAAUCUACAGAUGCAGUAUUUUUACGCCACGAUCGUGCUAAUAAAUGUGCUUCUAGCCAACACCUAUAAAUACAGAAGUGUCAUAGUUUCAGGGCUGCAGCCAGGUUUUAUUCACGCAAUCAGGUUAUCUAACACAAAUCCUGUCAAAACAUUUUAGUUGUACUGAGUAUAUCAACAUCAUCAUCAAGUCUUUUCAUAUUUAGGCUCAUUAAGUUCGAUUUCAUUGGUUCGUCAUUGGUUCCUUGCCCAUUGAUUGGUUAGAAUAUCAUUGAAUGUCAGCAGCCCUGAUGUUGAUCAUAUAUUUAGAGAGAAAUAAAAAGUCUCACACAUUCCCUAACGUCAGGGGCCGGUCGAUGUCAAAGAACAUAUAUUUAAAAAGAAAUUAAUAUAAUGCCAAACUGUGUUUAAAUUGUAUGGCCAAAUUUAGAUGGUCUACCUCGUGGAAUGUUGUAGAUGAUAAAGAAAAAACAAUGUCUGAUCUAAAAGACAGCCAACAAACAGCGUAUAAGUUUAGUGUUUCACAGUUAAACAAAACAAGUUCUCUGAGACUCGUUAAAAUGUCUUCGUCCUCUCCGAUGACGUGUGUUAAUGAACAAAACAAAAAGGAAUUACUAAAAGCUAUCAUGUGAAGACAAAGUGAAUGAGAUUCCACUGACAAAUUUUAUUUCUUUUGUUUGUUUGUUUCUUAAGCCUGAAAAAAACUCAUCCUGUAUCGUAGCUGCACAUCUAAAUUCAUGCGAGAAAUAUGUCUCAGUUUAGUUGAAACCGUCUCUACAAGCACUCUCAAAAAGCUGUACUAUUUUUUUUCUUUCUCGUCUGGUUCGUGGGUUUUGAUUUUGGAGAAACUGUCCCUCUUUGCAGACGAACAAUGGCAAGUUUCUGUGGGACUGAAUGUGCGUUGAUCAUUUCUGCUGUCAUAGAUCCGAUGUUUAAUCUAUAAAAGUGUAAAGCAGGUGCCAACACGGCCUUCCAUUGUGGGUUUUAUGCUGAAAAAAUGUUUUUAAAAAGUCUGUUUUGUGUUUUAAAAUUGUCAGCUACUCCCUGGGUCAGAUCAUGUGUGAAAAUAACUCACAGGGGAUUCCUUUAAGAUAUCGUGGGCACCAAAUUUGUGGAUACUAAAUUGGCAUCAAGAUGAUUUUACUGGGAUUUUUCCUCUAGUUUUCAUGUGUCUUAUCUGGUGCUCCAAUCAGAUUAAAGUAAUCGACGCUGAGUUAUUGUUUGAUCCCAGGUCUCCUCCCAAUAUGAAAACUAAAAAAAACGCAGCAAGUCUCCUCUGUUCUGUCGCUAUUACAUCACCUUUGUCUUUUGUUUUCAUAAUGCAAUGCACACGUUAUGAAAUGUAUAUAGUGUAAAAUAAAAAUGGGUUUGUUUUACAUACUGUAUAAUUGCCUAUAUUUUGGUUCAGAAGUGUAACAGAUUUAUGAGAUGACAGGUUAACACAUUAAAAAGAAGGAACUCAAG